AUGUCCGAAUCUAAGGCGACUGAAGUAAAGCCGAACGGCUCGGAGCCUCAAGUUGCCCCAGACUCCGUCCCAACCCUGCCAGAGAUCAAGCCCACGGAGCCUCUAUCUGACACGAUCGACGACGAUGAGUUCGAGGAGUGGAAGCCGAGAGGACCACCGAAGCUGAACGUUGCUGGUCCCAAGACGGGCGUAAAGUUGCGUUGA